UCUCCUCCUCCUCCUCCUCUACACCUCUCUCUCUCUCUCUCUCUCUCUCUCUCUCUACACCUCUUCUCCUCAGCAGCGCCAUUUCCUUUUGAUCACCACCGCUCUCCGCGAAUCCUCUUUGAUCGCGCUUCUCUGCGUCCUAAGCUCUCCGUGUUCUCCCAAUCGCGCCGCGUUCUGGGUGUGGCUUGGACAGGGUUAAUUAUCAAGACGGAUUCAUUUCGGUUCUCGUUUAACUUUAAAUCGCGUCUCCGAUCACUCUGGCCAGCUCCGUGGCACCGCCUUCUCGCACCUUAAGAAAGGUGUGGGCUUUAGAGGAUGCAAUUUGUCCUCGUUCCUCCGUUCCGAUCUCCUCUGUUCUUACAGCUUGGCUUCUCUUCCGCAUUCCGAAAGGAUCUCCCAUAGAUAAUGGUUAAUCCGUGAAGCUCCUUUUGACGAGUAUCGCCUAUAUGUAAUAGCCUUCCGCAUCGUCUUUGCCUUAGUCGUGUUAGUUGUUCAAAGAUCGAUAGGAGUUUAAGAACCUUUUAGAAGGGGAUUGAUUAGUUGCCGUUGCUUCUAGUUUGCGAGUGUAGAAUUAUUCAAGAUGGCGAGGUUCAACUGCUUCUCGACUCUUCUGGUCGGAAAGAAGAAAAAAUCCAAGGAAUCACCAAAAGCCGCCGUCGUUGCUAAGAAGGUGAAUAGCAAUGGAAGUGUACAAGUGGAGCCGGAGGAAUUUGUGUAUCAGUCGAUCAAGGAACGCAAAAAUGAGCCGUCUUUGGACGUAUUUGUGCCGCCAUUUACUGAGGAAACGAGCCCUUCACAGAAAACGAAAGUGGCGGCGAAAGAGAGCUCGGUGAGGGCUGAACCCUCUGCUGAGGUAGCUUAUGAUGGAGGCGAUGAGCAAGACGAUAUCUUGUCGAUGAAGAGGGACUUCUCGGACUUUGACCUACAGGCUCGAGCCGAACCUAAAUCCGAGCAGAACCCUCGUGAUUCGAUCGGACCCAAUAAUGAAGUCGACAAUGGAGGAGUGGAGGACAAGUCCGAGAGAGAAGAAGGGAUCACUCCUGAGAUAAAGAUCCAAAGCGGGCAUGUGAGUGAUCCCGGAAUUGGGAGGAAGAUGGACUUACUGGGAUCUCCUCAACUAAAGAGGUCAUGCUCAAAUAUCGAGACUAAGAGAGUUAAUAAAUUGCUCGAUUCACCUACCAAGACCAAUUCAUAUGAUGAUCUCCAUAAUUUGUUAAACAAUGCUGUGAAUAAAGGAAUGCCCGUCGGGAUUCAGGGUAGCCCAUUAUCGGUAAAAACUUCGUUCAGUGCUGAUAAAGUGAUGUUAAAGAAGAGGUCUUCGAGCCAAGUGCUUCCCUCAAGAAGCCGGAAGCUGUGGUGGAAGCUCUUUCUAUGGAGCCACAGGAACCUCCACAGGCCCCGGACCACUCAGCCGCAAAGAAUGGUGCCGUCGAACGCCACAAUCACCAAUAAGAAAGGCGGGUAUGCUUCGGAUACUAUCGAGGCUAGCCCAACCCAUUUGAUCGAUAAGAAGAACAAGAAAGUGAUGACGGAGCCGCAGAAUUACCAAUGGGUUGCUUUCUCUGCGGAAGCAUCUAAUCUGGAUAGGGUUAAUGCUUGGGUGAAUAGCCUUGAGGAUUGCCCCUUCGGCCCUAACGAGGAUGAAGGCAAUACGAAUGAGGACGCGGAAGCCGCGAGGGCUAUAUUUUACGCAAAUGUGACCGAGAUCGGGGAGUCGUCGGGGGGGAAGAACCACUCUCAUAGUGGAGGCCGGCGUGUGGUUGAUGAGGAUCUACAAGCUAAUAAUAUUAUCCAAUCUCUUAAUACAUUUUCAUCUGUGGCUCACAUAUCUGGCAUGGGCCUGAAGGUUAUUCCUACCAUCUCGGCCUUUACUAGCCUUCGGACGGUCAAUUUGUCUGGCAACUUUAUAGUGCACAUUUCCCCUGGAUCCCUGCCGAAGGGCUUGCAUGCUCUUGAUCUGUCGAGGAACAAGAUUGGCACCAUUGAGGGGCUUAGGGAAUUGACAAGAUUGAGGGUUCUUAACUUAAGCUACAAUAGGAUCUCUCGCAUUGGUCAAGGACUCUCGAACUGCACUGCGAUUAAGGAGCUAUACCUGGCUGGGAACAAAAUAAGCGAAGUCGAGGGCCUCCACCGCCUACUCAAACUCGCUGUACUUGACCUCAGCUUCAACAAGAUAACUACCGCCAAGGCGCUGGGCCAGCUCGUUGCGAACUACCACUCACUCCUAGCCCUAAACUUACUGGGCAAUCCUAUCCAAUCCAACAUUGGCGAUGACCAGCUUCGGAAGGCGGUCUCGGGCCUCCUCCCGCAGCUCACCUACUUAAAUAAGCAGCCCAUCAAGCCGCAGAGGGCCCGUGAGGUGGCCACCGACAGCGUGGCGAAGGCCGCGCUGGGGGUCAACGAUUGGAGCUCGCGGCGGAAGAUGGCUCGGCGAGUGAGCCAGGGUUCGGGCUCAUCAAGCAGGGGUCGGGCCGGAGAAGGGAGCAGCAGCUUGCAUCGGGGAUCAGGGCACAAGAACGGGAAGCAGAGGUCGAAAAGCAGGCACCAGAACUCGAGCUCUGCAAGGAAAUAAAGCAGAUAAAAAUCUCACCAUCCUUUUCAGGCACAAUAAAAAUAACAAAUAAAAGGGAAAUCUUGCCGUGGGUAUUGUAUCGUACAAGGUAUGCUUUGCGUACUUCAAAAAAUUCCUUGCAGUGCUGCUGAUGAGCUAGCAAAAACACUAGACCAUUAAAUCAAAAGAAAGUCGGACCGCUGAUUAAGCUACACAUUAAGAUGACGAGUCAUCAAUUGCAUUUGAGGGGGAUCUUCAGAAGUGCGAAGAAGUAUUACUUUUGUUACAUUUGUGUUAUAUAUUGGGAGUAUUGGCUUAGUUUUCGUCGAUUUUGAAAAUAAAGAGUUGGGCAAAAAAUCAUUUCGGGUCGCAUUUAGGACUCUCUAUAUUUGUGUGUUCAGAGGAGAAGGUGGGAUAUCUUCCUUUUUUUUUUUUUCUCUCAUUUUUAUGUUAUUAUCCUUCUGGUCGGUUUGUGUUUGGCGUUUAUUAUCUGAACUUGGUUGUUAUGGAGGAGAUGAGUGUAAUUGCCAAAGUUGGUGUUAGCUUAUUAUUUUAUCUCGAGUUUUGGGUAACCAAAUUUUGUUGGA